AUGCAAGACUCUCCCCUCAUCAUCACUUUUGUUUUGGUACUGAUGCAAUUUCUUCUUGGGAUUCUUGCAAACAGCAUCAUCGUGGUGGUGAAUGGCAUUGGUCUGAUCAAGCAGAAGAAAAUGGCUCCCCUGGACCUUCUUCUCUCUUGCCUGGCACUUUCUAGAAUUUGCCUGCAGGUGACCAUCUUGCAUUUUUGUCUGACUGUACUGUCCUUGACGGACCUUUUUAUGUUAUCUCGGAAUUUUGUGACCUACUUGUUUGUAAGCGAAUCAGAACUCUGGCUUGCCACAUGGCUGGGUGUUUUCUACUGUGCCAAGAUUGCCAACGUUUCUCACCCAUUCUUCUUCUGGUUGAAGAUGAGGAUAACCAAGCUGGUACCAUGGCUGAUCCUGGGGUCUCUGUUAUUUGCAUCUGCCACUUGUGUUUUGCACAGCAACUAUGUAUGGAUUAUUUCUCAAAACUUCUCAGUGGCCUUUGUCUUUAAAAACAUAGUGUCUCCUGUGAAAGAAAAAUUUGCUUUACAGUUUUUCUUACUGACAGUUGAGGUCUCCAUACCGUUACUUAUCUUCCUUGCUGCGGGUCUCCUGCUGGUUUUUUCCCUGGGGAGACACACCCAGCAGAUGAGAAACGUGGCUGCGGGCGCUGGGGACACUCCCCGGAGUGCCAGCAUCCAGGCGAUGCUGUCCGUCCUGUCCUUCUUCAUCCUCUACUUUUCCCGCUUCACCGCCCCUGCAUUGCUCUCUCUCGAAAAUUUUCAGUUUGGAAGCUUAAAUGUUCUGUUCUUUGCCUUGAUGUUUGGUACAUACCCCUCUGCACACUCUGUCAUCUUAAUUUUAGGAAAUCCUAAACUAAAACAAAACGCAAAGAAGUUCUUCCUUCACCGUAAGUGCUGUCAGUGA